GAGGGGUGAGUCCCUAUAAGAGCAACUGCCUCCAGCCUCCACGUAGCCAGAAAAACCACUCUGAGACAGAGGGAAGGAAACAUACGCUGACGAACCUCAACCUGCACCCGAAGGACCCCUAUAGGCACCCACAAUCUCACCCCAACAACGACGGUGGGACCAUGAAGACUGUGGUGGCUCUGCUGCUGCUCUGUCUGUGUGAUCCUGGACAGAGUGACUGCCAGGCAGACUGCCUGUCCUGCAGCAACAUCCUGCCCAAACAGCUCAGUUUCAACACCAUGGUGUGUCUCACUGAGUGCGAAGGCAACGUCUCCCCAGUGUUCUACCGGGACUUCUGUCGUAAGGUGCUGUCGUUGCCAAUUUCCUCCUUUAGUGGUACCGUGCGGAAAAGAUCUCAGGAGGAGGUGGAGGCCCUGUUUCCUGAGGAGGAGGAGCAGGUGGAGGGAGGUCUGUUGCUGCCCAUUGCAUUGCAGAGGUUCGAUCACGUGACCCAGGCACUCGGGGGGGACGAGAGGGAUCUGGGUGGCAAGGGCAGCCAGCUGAACACGGCCUACAAUUCCCAGAAUGCCCUGUCUCUUGAGAAUGAGUAUGAGGAGGAGGCUGGGCAGGAAGAAGGGGCUGCUGAAGUUGCAGCCAGAGGACAGGGUGAUGUGGGGCUGAGUGUCUCCAAGAGGUUUGGCGGCUUCGUCAAAGGGAGGCACGGCUACAGGAAGCUGAUUUCUCCCGGAAGAUCGUACCAGAAGAGGUACGGUGGCUUCAUCGGCAUUCGGAAAUCAGCCCGCAAGUGGAACAACCAAAAACGUUUCAGCGAGUUCCUGAAGCAGUAUCUGGGGAUGAGCACUCGGGCCACUGAGUUCAACAGCGUGUCAGAGGACCUCACCCAACAGAAUGAAGUUUAGCAGAGUGCACCUUUAAGCCACUGACAUAAAACAAUUUCCUGAUGUAUUUUCACUGAUCUUGUUUUGUAUUUCAAUCACCAACAUGUCAAGCGUUAACUGGUGUCACCACAGUUAACCUACUGAAUCUAAGUAAUUUACCAAAAAGCCCGUAAUCUAAGACUGCCAUUGGAGUCCUCUUUGUCUCAAGACAUAAGAAUUGCUGUUUCUGUUUUCUGUCUCGUUUAAUUAUGAUGCAAACAAUUUGCCUGUAAUUAUCAGACCUUCUUGUAUUCAUUCUCUGCCAGUUAAAGCCUCCAGUGGAGGGCCCAAUAUAAAAAGCUCACUCUGACCCGUGAGACUCUAUAAUCCCUGGCAUUUUCCAGGCCCCCUGUCCAGCUCUAGGCACCCUGAGUCAUUCAGACUUGCCCCUUGUGAGAUGUGCCAGUUAAAUGAUCAUGUUUCAUUUGAUUAGCUGCCCAAGCCCUUAUCCUCAUGAGCUUUGAAGGAAAGCUCUCAUUUUGGGAAUUCUUGGUAGUCCCGCAGUGGUUUGCAGUAAAAUACAGGAUUUAUUUUGCUGUUUAAUGUAAUCUGCCAGAUUAAUGUUAGCAUAAUUAUUGCUUUUCUGAUCCCCUGUGUUAUACAGUAUAUUUUACCUAUUUAUUUCUGUGCUGGGUCAUCUGUAAAAAGUGCUAAAUCUUCUUACAUGGAGGCCUUUGGCUUUGGGGGGGACCUUAUUGUUGAAAAUGUGUAAGAACCUCUGUUAUCAAGUCUAGCAGGACCACUCUCUUUAUUAUACUACCAUCUUGUGGCAAAAUGCAUAACCCAGUCUCAAGGACAAUACCAAUGUUUUUUCAUGUUUUGGCAUUAUGGUUAGGGCAAUGUCAGCAGUAAUGUAAAGUAUACUGUAUGUGAUUUGUGGUAAAUAAAUGAAAACAUGCAAAAACACAGCUAAAAGUCAUUUAUUUAUCACUGUGCCAAAACACACCUGAGACAGGGCUACUUAGGCAGGUUUAUGGAAAAGAUCUCUCCUUCAAUCUGAUGCAAUGGUGAACUGAAAGACUACACAACUUCUCAAUUUUCAUGCAUACAUGCUACUGAUCUGUCUGCCAAACUGAUGUUAUGUACAAGUGAGCAUCAUCUCUGACUGGCUCGUGUGUCCAGACGCCAGAUUCCUGUAUGUAGAAACAGUUUCCCUCAAACUGUAAUGGUGUGAAAUGUUUUUCUUGCCCACUAUGAGAACUUGUAAAUAGCUGAAUUUAAACAUGUCAAUAAAAAUAGUUUGCUAUUUCCUUCGUGGCUUGUCAUGCAGCAACUGA